AGCGCGAAGGGGACUGGGGGGCUCGGGCUGGGGGCGCGGCUUGCGCCGGCCGCCCCACCCUCCUUGCAUAAAAGCCGGAGCCCGCGGGGCCGGCGCUCUCAGCCAGUCGGUUCCCGAGCGCCUUCCCGGUGACCCCGCUGUGGGUGUGUGAGGGGAGGACGGACAGACCCACUAGACGCCGCCGGAGCAGGAGGACGCUGACGAGGCACCAUGCGUGAGAUCGUGCACAUCCAGGCCGGCCAGUGCGGCAACCAGAUCGGCGCCAAGUUUUGGGAGGUCAUCAGUGAUGAACAUGGGAUUGACCCCACUGGCAGUUACCAUGGAGACAGUGAUUUGCAGCUCGAGAGAAUCAAUGUUUACUACAAUGAAGCCACUGGUAACAAAUACGUUCCCCGGGCCAUCCUCGUGGAUCUGGAGCCUGGCACGAUGGAUUCCGUUAGGUCUGGACCAUUCGGUCAGAUCUUCAGACCAGACAAUUUCGUAUUUGGCCAGAGCGGAGCCGGGAAUAACUGGGCCAAGGGCCACUACACAGAGGGAGCUGAGCUGGUCGACUCGGUCCUGGACGUGGUGAGGAAGGAGUCAGAGAGUUGUGACUGUCUCCAGGGCUUCCAGCUGACCCACUCUCUGGGGGGCGGCACGGGGUCCGGGAUGGGCACCCUGCUCAUCAGCAAGAUCCGGGAGGAGUACCCAGACCGCAUCAUGAACACCUUCAGCGUCAUGCCCUCACCCAAGGUGUCAGACACGGUGGUGGAGCCCUACAAUGCCACCCUCUCCGUCCACCAGCUGGUGGAAAACACAGAUGAAACCUACUGCAUUGACAACGAGGCCCUGUACGACAUCUGCUUCCGCACCCUGAAGCUGACCACCCCCACCUACGGGGACCUCAACCACCUGGUGUCAGCCACCAUGAGCGGGGUCACCACCUGCCUGCGCUUCCCCGGCCAGCUGAACGCAGACCUGCGCAAGCUGGCGGUGAACAUGGUGCCCUUCCCUCGCCUGCACUUCUUCAUGCCGGGCUUUGCGCCCCUGACCAGCCGGGGUAGCCAGCAGUACCGCGCGCUCACGGUGCCCGAGCUCACCCAGCAGAUGUUCGACUCCAAGAACAUGAUGGCCGCCUGCGACCCGCGCCACGGCCGCUACCUGACGGUGGCUGCCAUCUUCCGGGGCCGCAUGUCCAUGAAGGAGGUGGACGAGCAGAUGCUCAACGUGCAGAACAAGAACAGCAGCUACUUCGUGGAGUGGAUCCCCAACAACGUCAAGACGGCCGUGUGCGACAUCCCGCCCCGCGGCCUGAAGAUGUCGGCCACCUUCAUUGGCAACAGCACGGCCAUCCAGGAGCUGUUCAAGCGCAUCUCGGAGCAGUUCACGGCCAUGUUCCGGCGCAAGGCCUUCCUGCACUGGUACACGGGCGAGGGCAUGGACGAGAUGGAGUUCACCGAGGCCGAGAGCAACAUGAACGACCUGGUGUCUGAGUACCAGCAGUACCAGGAUGCCACGGCUGACGAACAAGGGGAGUUCGAGGAGGAGGAGGGCGAGGACGAGGCGUAGACGCCCCGCGAGGCGGAUUAGGGAAAGCUGAGGAGGAAGGCGAGGGGGUGGGGGGCUUCCCGGGAUAAUACCCUGGCGGUCGAAGGAAAGAAGCAUGGUCUACUUUAGGUGUGCGCUGGGUCUCUGGUGCUCUUCACUGUUGCCUGUCACUUUUUUUUCCUUUUGUAAUAUUGAUGACAUCAAUGUAACAUUUGAGAUAUUUCUGAAUUACUGUUGUAAUGGCUAAAAUCACAUAAACAUUUGUGUCGGAA